AAUAGUAAAGAUGGCGAUAUUCAGUGUGUAUGUUGUAAAUAAGGCAGGAGGAUUAAUUUACCAGUUUGACAACUAUGUACCGAGAGCAGAGGCAGAAAAAACAUUCAGCUAUCCAUUGGAUUUGGUUUUAAAGAUACAUGAUGAAAAGGUUGUUGUAUCAUUUGGUCAACGCGAUGGUAUUCGAGUGGGCCAUGCUUUGCUGUCGAUCAAUGGAGUGGAUGUCAACGGCAAGUUUACAGCAGAUGGGAAGGAGAUCAUUGAAUACUUGAAAGACUCAACUAACUAUCCCGUUUCUAUACGGUUUGGAAGGGCUCGCUUGAGUUCCAAUGAAAAACUUAUGCUGGCUUCAAUGUUUCAUUCAUUGUUUGCUAUUGGUUCACAGCUGUCCCCUGAGGUUGGCAGUUCUGGAAUUGAGAUGCUGGAGACAGAUAUGUUCAAACUGCACUGCUUUCAAACACUAACUGGUAUAAAGUUCAUUGUGCUGGCAGACCCCCGGCAAUCAGGCAUUGAUGCACUCCUGAGGAAGAUUUAUGAGAUCUAUUCAGACUUUGCCCUCAAGAACCCUUUCUACUCUCUGGAGAUGCCUAUCAGGUGUGAACUCUUUGAUCAGAAUUUGAAGGGGGCUUUGGAGAUAGCAGAGAAAGCUGGUAACUUUGGACCUGGGUCAUAAGCAGGAUCAAAUCUGAAACCAAGGCAAAUAAAGAGGAUCAGUUGUUCCUGCAUUUGUUGUGACAUGUAGAUGUGGUACAUUCAAAAUGUGUCAAUUUUGUCUCCAAGCAGUGCGAGUUGAAUAACUCAUAUACUAUGAAAAGGAUGUGGUGCUGGGAUACAAUGUAAAUAAAAAUUUCUUUUGUACAUACUUAAAAAAUAAUAAACACCACUAUGUAAC